GCGGUUGCCGCAAACCCAACGUAGAAUGUCGUAAAACGUGGAGUCGGCAGAGAAGUGAAGUGCUAGUUCUAUUGAUAUGCAAACCGUGGUAGAUUUCGCAGUUGGAAAUAGGUAGUGAUGUUUCAUUGGCUACUUUUUGACCCCAGUCGGCAUGUUUUAAAACUACAAUGGACGCAGCGAGGACACAGAAAAUGAGCUGAUCUCCAGCAAAACCACCUCGAAAAUGGCUGCAUACACCGCUGAAGUGGCUGCAGGUCAUUCUGUGGUGGUGGAAGUGAGCCCAGAUAUCCACAUCUGUGGCUCCUGCAAAAAGCAGUACAAUAAUUAUAAGGUCUUUCUCGCCCAUAAGCAAAAUGAAUGUUUCCUGUCCACACCUGACACCCCAACCACUACUGCCACAUCCACUCUCACAGACUCCAGCACUGAGUUUAUUUUUGAGGAGACCUACCAGACCUGUGUUGUGAGAGGUGUCAAAAAGAUGACCAAAGCCCCAAAGACACCUUCCAAAAAACUAAAACCUGCCCUGACUUCAAAGAGACACAGCUGCUGUUUCUCAGGUUGCACUUUCAAGACACAGUAUGGCCAAAAAGACAUGGAACGGCAUCUUAAAACUCACACCGGUGAGAAGCCAUUUGAAUGUGAACUGUGCCACAAACGCUUCAGUCGGCGGGACAAGCUGAACAUGCACAGCCGCUCGCACACAGGUGAGAAGCCACACAAAUGUAAACACUGUCCCUAUGCAGCAGCAGACAGCAGCAGCCUGAAGAAGCACCUGCGCAUCCACUAUGAUGAACGGCCAUUCAAAUGCCAGAUCUGUCCUUACGCCAGCCGCAACUCCAGCCAACUUACCGUGCAUCUCCGCUCUCACACAGGGGAUGCACCUUUUCAGUGCCAACAAUGCGAUGCAAAGUUCAAAAUAAACUCAGACCUGAAGAGGCACAUCCGGAUUCACUCCGGCGAAAAGCCUUACAAAUGUGACUUUUGUGAGUACUGCUGCGCCAUGAAAGGCAACCUGAAAUCGCACAUUCAGAUCAAACAUGGUACGGAGAACUCCUUUCAGUGCGUGCACUGUGAUUUCAAGUGUGCCAACAAGACUGCUCUGCGACAACACUUGAGAGAACACCAACCCACUCAGCCCAUUCAGUGUUCCAAGUGCACUUACUCCUGCUCCAGCAAGGGGGCGCUCAAGGUCCACGAGCGGAUCCACUCUGAAGACCGCCCUUUCAAAUGUGACUUCUGCAACUUUGCCUCUAAGCAGCGCAGCAAUCUUGUCAUCCACAAGAAGAAGUGUCAGUCGGAUAAGCUUGAAAAAGGCAGCGGUGGGAAAGGAGGCAGAGGUGGAGGCAAAAAUUUAGGCACCGACUCUCCGAAGCCUGUCAGCUCUCGGUAUCGAGCCAAACUAGAUGCAGCUCGAGCCUUUUGCUGCGACUCGUGUGACGCUUCGUUUGUGAGGGAGGACUCCCUGCGGAGCCACAAAAAGCAGCAUCGGGACACUCAGAGUGUGUUGCAACUCCAGCUCUCUACCCCAGCAGAAGCAGUUAACUUGGUUCCCGUUACCAUGUCACAAACCAGCUCUGAGCUCGAAGUUCCUAUCCCGUGUAACCCAAUGCCUCCUUAUAGUAAUACACAGCUUAAAAUCAUUGUAUCUCACCCGUUAGGCCAGGAUAACCCCUUGCUCUCAACUGGUGGGGAUGGCCAGAAUAAGAGCAACAUGGUCUUGCUUAGCCCAGAAAACCAGGACAUGGUAGUUAACUCCAUGAUCCAGCAGGUCAACCUGCUGGCGCCUGUACAACCACUCGGUUCAUCCCAAACCACAGAAGCCACUCUUGAACCCCAGACUGUCCUCCUGACUCAACUCAGCACCGACGAUGCCAGCAACCCGCUCCACCAGGCCCUGAUGCAAACGGCCAUAACCGCUCAGGACUCGAGCAGCAGCACACAGACGUUCAUCACCACCUGCUCUGAACUGGAGGGGCUCAAUGCUUUGAUCCAGGAAGGUGGCACAGAGAUUACAGUGGUUACGGAAGGAAACUCUGCUUUGGUGACCACAGCACCUCUGCCUGAUGUGGACAUGUCCAAGCCAGCAGAGAUGGUGACGGUUGAGGAGAGUGCCUUACCCUGUGAGGAAAGUGCAUUACUGGUGCCAAACAUCAGCCUGGGCAGCCAGAAUGUGGUCAUCCAUGGCGUUCCACUUAUAGUGUCUCCUCAGCCUCAGCAGAGCACGGUGGAUCAGCUCUCCCCUCAUGCACUCUAUUCCAAUUCACACACACUCGAAAGCAUCCCACAGUGAACAGCGUUGUGUGUUUCUGAAAGUUAAAAGACAGUAACUGCAUCAUAAGCUAUUUCUCUGCUGAUAGUAACUUGUAGAUCUAACGGUAACCACUAAAAUAGCAAGACUGUUGGCUUUGGAGGUGUCGUUUGUUUAGUCUUAACAUUUUAGAAUAAAACAUCAAUUUUAACAUUGUUUCAUGCACUGUAUCUUCAAGUGUUAUAUUUGCAGGCAUCAAAAAUUGAAAUUAAACCAUAUUUCAGUUACAAUAUUUAAUUGAAAUCAGGUUUAAUUUAAAGCAACAUCAUACAAAAAAAUAAAAGAAUAAUACCGCAAAUUAACAAAAUGUGAAAGUGACUGAAUGUAUUUGUAUGAUGUAUUUUUUAUGUUUGUCCAUUAGGUGGCAGCAGAGUGAUGAGAGUAUAUAAUGAAACUUGCUCUGCUUUUAUGGAGUAUUCAGACUGUAAGUGUACUGCUGCCCCGUGGUAUUGAUUAUACAUAUUCUGUAUGUAUAGCUUUUGUUAAAAAUAAAUAUUUUUUUCAAGCCCUCAUUCUGAAUCUGAAAAAGUAGAUGUCAAUUGUAGAAAGCAUUAGGCUGCAUAUCAAGGUCUUAGCUUCUAAAAGGCGACUCGCAUUCCCGAUAGAUUUUUCAAUAAAGAGCCAGUUUUUUGCUUGCUGCUUUCUAUUAUUCUUCCUAUUUUUACAUUCAGACUUAAGCACUUAGUAUUUGCAGAGAGCGGAUGCUGCACCUGAAUAGGAUUCUCCUGUGUAAACACUUGACCAUUGAUUUCUUUCUGGUCUCUGAGCACUAAUGGCUCUGCUGAAGCAGACUCUUACAUUUUCUCGCUCAGCAUGGCCACAAACUCAGAUGAAGUGGUUUGAUGGUUUAAAAAAUAUGUUUGCCAGCACUGUAGGUUGAGAGAGUUGGUGUCUGUUUUAGACAGGGGACUCUAGCUAGUAAGGGUAUUACUGUAGUGUGUGUGCUUUAACACUGAAAAUAUAUGAAGGAUGGCUUUUCUAUAAUAUCCCCAUACUACUAAUUUUCUUGAGAAAUGCUGCACUUUUUUAUACCAUUAUGUUUCUAUAAGAUACGACUGCUACUCACUUGAAGGUUUUGUCUUUUUGAAAGUGCUAGCCAAGAAUUGUUUGAUAUGAAAUGACUGCUUUGUCUGUCAAUAAAGGAGCAGGAGACAGCUACCUUAGCAUAAACACUGGAUAUGGAAAACAGCUAGCCUAGCUGGGUAAGAAAGCGUAGUUACUUAUUUUGUGAAUUCUUCUUUGAACUGGAAAAUUUAGGGUGCUAAUUUGAGACAUCCUUAUGAAAGGGUUAGGCGUAUUGUUUUAGAGACUUGGGUGUAUCCAAACUAUGCUAAUUGUGUGCUGAUUGGUUAGAGUGCUAGCUUUAGCCCACAUUUGCUAAUAAUUGUUUUACGUGUGAAUGCAGUAUUUGACCUAUCAAAUUAAAAUGCUACACUUAUUUUCUGUUCACGCAGGUCCUCAAACAACAAACAUGGUAGAAAUCUAAUCGUUUGAAAUAUAACCCAUUGUAUAACCCAGGAUAACUUAAAAUUUCAACUUCAAUUAUUUCCAGUGACAGAAAAAAGCUUCCAUGGAUAACAGUGCUAACUUUUAAUAAAUAUGACGCCACCACUAGAUGCCACAGAAACUACUACUAAAAUCUUAUUGUUAGAUGGUGGUUACCAUGUUUGGUUUUUGUUUGUGUAUUUAUGUAACUUAAGCAAGCUCUUUAGAUUGUUUGCUGUGCUUUUUCUACUAUUUCUCUAUUUUCUACCUUGAAAUUAAAAGACAGAUCAAAAUACUCAUUUUGCUCCUAAGUAGAAGGGAAAAUCUGAAGUUAGGUUCUGUUUCUUGUAUGAUUUAAGCAACAUAAAGCCAGCUUAUAGUGAAGAAUGUACCACAAAGAGAGCAGCAUGCAAACACUAAAUCUGCAUCAGUUCUGCACUUGGGUUGCAUUAUGAGUGCCUGCACUCAAACUCAGAUUUUUCGAACCACUCUGUGUCACCUCUUCUUCAGGUGGAACUAGGGGGGAAAAAAUCCUGAAAUUCCAUUAUGCAUGAAGAUGAGUGUUAUGUGGGAAAACCACAAAGCACUCUGAUGUAUCUCUUUGAUCUAUUAUCUAACAGACUUCCAGGCCAUAAUCCUAAGCACCCUUGAGGAGGACAGACCCUUUCUUUCCCCCUUCUCCUCUUCCACAUGUGACGUCAUAGCUGGUUUAAGUGCCUUUUCUAUGGGUUACAAUGUCUUAAGAGCCCUACUUGGGGAGAAGGUUUGAAGAGAGUUGUUAUAUUUAUUUAUUUUAUUCUGUUUACAUUUUUUGGAAAAAUAGUGAAUUGGUUACAGUAUAAAUCAUACCCAAUUUGGUCUGUAAGCUUGUUUUCAUAUUUCAAAGCUAACUAGAGUGCAUUCUCUUGGCAAAUCCUAAAGCUUUGCUUGCUUUUCUUUUUUUGAUAAAUGCUAGGAUGAGUUUAAAAUGAAGCUCUUCAUACUGUAUAGCACUUCUGUGUUUCUUCCUUCCUGUGUUUGAGAUGCAAGCCUUUGAAUGGGGGCCAUAAAUGGCUUCCCAAAAAGCAAUUUCCACUCACAGCUGCUUAAAGAAAUCGUAACUUGUGAUGCAUUCCUUCUGGACAUAAAUAGAUCCAGAAAGGACCAGGUGAUGGAAAGAUGGACAACAACCAGAGCAAGAUGACACUUUGGCAAAAAACUGCCGGUGCUCUAAAUAGUGUGAAAAUGGUAGUAAAAUAAACCUAAAUGAAUUGAGUUUGUUCACUUCUGUCAUCAGAGGUAGCUAUUAAUCAGCCACCGAGUCCAAACAGUUUUUCAUUCCUUCAAAUACAAUCUGUCCCUCGGUUCAACAGUGCAUCUCUGACCUUUGGUUUGUUUGCACACAAUUUGCAAUCCCAUCAGUAAAUGGCAUUGAAUGCCUUAAUGAAAUUAACUGAUUGGCGAAGUAUUGAUAUGGAUUUGUUUUUCCGAUGCAGGCAUCUUUUGGCUGUGACACUAUUGACAUCUUAAGUGAAUUUUGAUUUCUUAGUGCACUGGAGGCUUUUAUCUUGUCUGUGUUCAAUUCUUUUUGUCUUUCUGAUAGAAAUUCAUGAUGAAAGCGGUAUGUGAUCAGCCGAGGGACAAAAAGACACCUCAAUUUGCUUUUCUGAAUGCAAUGUGAUUAUUUGCUGAGACAUUAUUAGGCUAUUGUAGCGUCUACGAGAGGAAUCGAUAGUAUCACUUUAGGGCAAACUCUGGAUUUAAAAUGACUUUGCCUCUGUGGGUGGUUGUAUAUUUCACGCUGCAUGUUUGUUCUUCUUUAAUGAACUCGGGCACAAUUCAAAGCUGCUCAAAUUUGUUCCUGUGAUUCUUGAGUUUUUCACACUCUCUCAAAGCUUUGACACUAUUUUGUGGUAUUUAUUUAGCAUUUGAGUGUUUGGGGUGUUGUUUUUGUCUUUUGUCGUCUAUCUUGGGCUGUCAGGAAGCAUUACUCUGACAGGCCCUUUUGUUGUUGUUACUUUAAGAUUGAAAGCAGAGUUUAAAACCAGUCCUCGGGGUGGGGGCAGCAAAAUAAGUAUAAUUUUGAGCCAAUAGGCAUGGCUGCAGUGGGAGCACAAGAGCCCAUAAAAGUCCUUUAGUGGACAAAAGAAUGCUACAGUAUCUCCUGCUCUUCAACACAGAGCCAGUGCCUUUUAAAAUAAUGUCUUUUAUUCCUCUGUGACAAUGUGGGCUUCACCGUUUUGCAGCGAUAGCUGCACGUAAUCUUGUGAAUGCAAAUAACCGGCUAUCAGCUUUUGUGAUUCAGGAACAAAGACAUUUAGCUAUUGUUUUCCUGUCUUGUUUCUGUGCCGCUAACCCUAUACAAAUGCAUGUUUUAAUGAUUUUGGCCGUGCACAUCAGUGCCGUAUAUUCAAAGGGAAACAAGCACUCAGUUGUUUUCUUUUAUUCCAUAUAUGGUCGGAUGCAGGUUUUGCUGGGAACCCGAGCCAAGUGUUAGUCUUGGGCCAUCAGGUUUGGCUCUGCGCAGAUAUGGGAUUUGUUUUUUUAUGCUCGGUUUUGCGACAACCUUUGAUCAUUCUCAUAUGUCAGCAUGUUGCUUUGUGUGUUCUCUGUCCGCAUAGUCUCAUAGUUUGCAGAGCAGCACAGUCAGUUUUUGUGUGCUUCAACAUUUGUUUUCAUCAGACUGCCUUUAUACGGUGAUUUGAUUGUUGUUAAGCAUUCCAUAAUUGCAGUCAUAGUAAGUUUGAUAAUAAGAGUAUUUGUACAAGUACUGAUGUGUUUAUUAUAAGGACACACUGGUUGUUAGUCCCUGGUAGGAGUUGCUUUUUACACAUGUGGCUUUUGAAUCAAUACUUAUGUGUUAACUGUGAAUAUUGUCCUCAAAGAAGGAACAAAACUGUUGCAUAAGCAAACAAACCUAUUUACAAUUUUAGAAAUUCCAUUGGUUCUCAGCAGAUGCCUAUGAGCAAGCAAAAUAUUUUCUCUGUUCACGCAUGCCUUAUCCUAAAACAACAAACACGAUGGAAAUCUAAUCUUUUGACAUACAAGCCAUUGUUGUGUGUGCGUGUGCGCGCACAUGCUUGUGUAUGCGCUUAAGUCUUUGUUUACCAUGUGUGCUUUCAGAGUGCUUAAUGCGCACAGAUACUGCUGCCUCAAUAAUUCUUACACAAUGGGAAACACUGAAGCCUUUGGUGGAUCUGAAACACUUCACCUGAGAAAUGUGGGGGUUUUAAAACUGCAUCCCCGUCAAAAAUCUCUCCAGUUUUUAUUCUUUUUGUGUGUUUGAUGUAUUUUACUUAAAACAUUUUCUUUUUAAUGAACUGCAGAAAUACUUUUAUAUUUCUAAAUCUGUUGUGGUGGCCCUACAUACAUUUAUUGCAUCCUACCUAUAAUUUCUUCAGUGUAUCUUGUUUGUGUAAUAAUUAUUGUUGAUCAUUUACUGCACUGCAGGAGUCACUGACAGACCCAUAGAAAUGUUUGAGAUGCUCAGGAAUGGAAUGGUGAAGAGUUGAAGGGUAAGAUUUAGACUCUUUACUAGUAUUAAUAUUAAAAUUAAUACGAUAGAGAAGAAGACAUUUCCAGUUUUACUGUUACUAGUGAAAAAGCUUUGGUGAACUGGGGAUGGCCAGCCUUUUUUAACCUUUAAAUAAAGUUGUAUUUGUGCCACCUUAAUGUCCACCCAACCCCAUGGAAAGUCAUAGCCUGUCCAUAUUUGAUGUUUGUUUGACCCCAUAAGGGCACGAACCUUGGCUGAUCCUUCAUCUGAGGACAAAGCUUAUGUUUGCAGUGACAUCAUAAAUGCCUGCUCAGAGAAAACAAUGGCUGAUGAAUUUAGCUGGAGUCCAGCACACUGGACAGCAGUGACACAGAGACGUUGGCCGAAACUUCCAGUGUCAUGGAAAUGUUUCAAACAAUGACCAACACCUUGGCCAAACAUGCAGAGUACUCCCAAAAUGAGGGGAGCUGUAGUCUGAAGAGAUCAAAAUGCUGUGGUUGUUUUAGGGACAGUGGCAGGGAGAGCCUGAGCACGGCUGGGAUCAUCAGGUUAUAACACCAAGUGUUUAUAUGAAUCUUUGUGACUGUUGGAGACAGUCAGGGAUGGGGCACUGCUCCUGGGGGAAGAAAGACACUUUGUUUUUAUAGGCUGCCUGGAAUGUGUUGAGGACUCUGGACAUCUGCUUUAUUAGCAUAUGUGAAUCUACCCCCAGCUAUGUAUCUGCUGGUGGUCUGAUAAUGGAUCUUACUGUUACUGAUAAAUGUAAAUACAGACUAGGAUGCCUGGUUUGCGUUUUUUGCGCCGUUUAAUUAAUGGCUUUAUUUUCAUAAUAAUGUUUAGACAUUUACAUUCGAACCCCUGACUAAAGCAUAGGAGGCAGGCUUUGUGAAAUUCAUGCUUUUUUGAAUGGAAGUUGGGUUUUUUCCCCCCCUGUUUUCUCAGUUGCACUACUUUGCUGUUUCAGUCUGGCUCUCCUGCAGCUUAUUGGUGUGAAAAUUCCUCAGAAGCAUUCUCAGAGUCAUUCUCGGGUCGUUACAGAUGCACCCCACCCAUGCACUCAUACCGGCUCGUGGAUUACCAUUUUCUUUGUUAAGCUAAUUGCAUUGCAUUGUGUCUGUUUAAAAAUCAAGUAGGGGGUAUGUGAGCCUAUAAAUGAAUGCACAAGGACUUAUGGAUGAGAUGUAUUUUCUUCACAUGUAAAUUAAAUAAUUGGCAUUGUUGGAUAUGAUUUUUAAAAUGACUAAUCGAUUAGUUACAUAUUUUUUUCUUGCAGUUCUCUGCUCGAACUCGAUUGUAUUACCCUGUUAUGAAGUCGACUCGGGUUGUUUCCUGCUAUCACGUCUUCAUGACAGAAAAUUAAUUAGUGUAUGAAUAAUGCACCAUUUCGCUUGCGAUAAAGAUCAUGUGGCAAAGUGCCUUCAGACAGAUAUCAUCUAUUAAAUAAACCAGGCUCGUGUAACCUAACACCUUGUGGGGAAUGCACUCAAUCAAGCCUAUUGUUUCUGUUCACAUACAGUUCCUUCUGUGAGAUAAGUCUGACCUGGCCACGGAGAUAACAACAAUGCCCUAAAAGCACUGAUGAGGCAUUGACUGUCAGCGCCACAGUUAGCAAGAUUUCCACCCAGAUUCAUACGCAAUUCAGGUUAGGCAAGCAGCUGCGGUCAUCAGAGGUGCAAUAAAUUAACUUAAUAAAUAAUACAGGGAAAGUAAGCCAUUGUUGCUAAUAUCACAUUAUCCCAGACUAAUAUUCAGACUCUUAGUCAGGAUGUAAUUUAGUGAGCUGGUGCCUGUGGUGUGAUUCAUGCAGCAAUUUGAUCAUGCCACCAUUUGAAUAGGCAGCAUAAAUAUUAUGGCACAGAGGAUGUGAGUCAGGACAGAGAAUCCAGUUCACUGGGCCAUUACUUGAGUUGAAAGGAAAAAGAGGAAGUUGGUUUGAAGAUUUGUCACCAUCAGAUCUCUCUGUUUUAGAAAGGGGGUUGGCUCAACAAAGCUCAGGAAUGUGAAGAAAGAUCUGGGUGUUGGGAAUGUUUGUUCCCAUAAAUAGGAGCGACUAGUCGCCAGUUUCUGGGUGGGAAGAACAGCUAAUAAUACUAUUCCAGCUGCAUUAUUAUAGCUCCAAUAUUAACUGAUAUAAUACAGAGAAUUUUAAUUUAAUUUACAUAAAAUAUAUAAAUAAAAUGAUUUCAUAAUGUGGGACAAAAUAGUGGUGCCAAUAUUUGGUGGUUCCAAUCAACUUUCUUUAUUUCUAACAAAACCUGCUUCAAAUGCCUGAAUAUGCGUUAUGUUUAUCUUGAUCAGCAGGUUUAGUCUGUUGCCACAAAUCUGCAGUGCAACAGGUUAAUCAAAACUGACCCUUUGUUUCGUGUCAUCCUCCUAAAAUGCAGAUGUGGUUGUCUUGUUGUAUGAUUUUGGACCUAAAUUCCUGCUACAAGCUCCUUUGAGGCAGUUGUCCAUGCUCAGCCACUCAUCACUGGUGGUGGUUGAUGUAUCCAUCUGUGCCAGCAAAGGGGAGCUAAUCCCUGACAACUGCACGCCUCUGACACCAUGUCUGUUGCACUGCUGGUUGUGCGAUACAGUAGCUUCUCCUCUUUUGUCCUUGAAAUUGUUUUAAUUAUCCCCACAGCAGGGAGAAGUCGAAAACAUAAGAUUGAGACAGUAGGAUGGACAAAAGUACACAAGUGUGAUAGUACAGUGUUGCAGAUGACAGUCAGUGAUAUAAUUGAAAAGGUGAGUGAUGUGAAAGCAGCAGUGAAUCAACUUCAAAUAUUAUAAAAGCAUCUAAAUGUUUAUGGAUAACUGAAACUUCCAAAGCACACGAUGCCUUUUUAAAUCAUAGUUAAUUAUGCUUAUUUUAAAAUCAGCUACUCUUCCUAAUAAAAAUUAUGACUUUUAGUAUAUUUUAUUUAUUUAUUGUUCCAUUAGAAGUAUCGUCCUGUAGUUGAAUAGCCAGAGACUAAUUUAAGUGCGCAUUAAUGAGUAUUUCAUGAGCGAUACACCCACUAGAAAGUUUUAAAAAGCAAAUUACUUUAAAACUCUAGAACCUGUUAUGCUUGCUAAACCAUGCUUAACAAGUGCAAUGUAUGUAGAUGUGUGCAUGUGGGGGUGUGUGUGAACAUGCAUGUGUAGGCUGAGAUAAGCCACAGCCUCAUGCGAUCACUUGUUCCACCACCGAGACUUGGUGGACCUCCCAGCAGCCGACGAGAGGUGCGCAUGAUCCGAGAGGAUCAUGUGACCUCUAAAAUGCCGCAAUAAUCCAAUAUCCAUGUCUGUUAGUUGUGCGCGUCACUUUCUGUUGGAAAGUUAAUGCUCUGAAUCUUUGUGGAAUGCCAGCCUACGUGUUAACUUUAGAUAUCGAUAAGGAGAAGACGGGGUCGUCAUUUUAGGGCAAAGGUUGCCUUUAGUUUCUGUAGAUUAAAAUGGAGGUUGAAAAACUUAGAUUGGCCAUUUAUGUAAAUACUCAACCCCCCCUCCCAGUUUCUGCUCUCCCAAGUCAAACACCCAUCCCCCUCAGACUCUCCUCUUCUCCUUGCCCCAUGAGAGGCGAGAUGGUGGAGGGGGAAGAGAGACAGAGAUCCCAAACCAUCUGAAUCCCUUUUAACUAAGUGGACUGAGAGCAGUAGGGCAAUUAUUCCACCAUGAUGCAUUCCUUUUCAAAAGAGGAUGCCAUCACCGUGCAACAAAUGGAAUGCAAGCUGUGUUAUGGCCAGUGAAGGAAUGCCACAUCCAACUCACAGAAAAGUACAUGAAAGAAAACAUUAAAUCAGGUGCUUUAAAAAAACUAUAUAAGUUGAAGCGUUCUAUAAAUUUAUUAGGACCACAAUAUAAAAACAGAACAAAACAUGUAAAGCAAAAGACAUUACUUGAAGUUAAGUAGUAUUUAUUAUGCAGAAUCUCCUCAGUCGGGAUGAUGUUGUGAUAUGUUAGCAAAAUAAAUAUCAAUCAAUCAAUUAUGAUUGGUUGAGAUGGAGCACAACUAAAAUGCUUGUUACAAGUAACUACAGUUCCUUUUAACCAAAUGGUCGACUAAAAAGUAAGAUGUUUUCCCUGAAACACUGCAAAAACAAGUGUAAAAUAGAUCAAAUAGUGACAUUUGAGUGAAAAUCAAGUAUAUGGAUAAUAACUAAAAAAAAUAAAACUUCUGUAUAGACAGCCACAGUCUGUAAAUUAGGUAACAGUUACAAUGGCUCAGAUUGCUUUGUAACUGAUUAAUUCAUGUUUAAAGCAUAUUUCAAUAGAUUCUCCCAUGUUCAGAGCAUGAAUGCUUGGAUAAACAGUGUGUGGUUUGUGGUAGCUGACCACAAGCUGUUAGUUUUCCUGAGAUUUGAUUAUCUAUCACUUACAUUGUAGGCCAAUUUCCUCCAACUAUAAACACAGGCUUAAUGAUGAAAAAUACAGCUGUGUGGUGUUUGAAUGCCUACAAUUAACUAAGAUUAAUAACAGCGUGCUGUGAUGGAGCCCCCACCUCAUACUCGGACCCUCAGGCAAAAGUUCUGUGAGAAAAAUUUUCUCAUUUUCAGUCGCAGCGUCAAAAGAGAUGUGUUUUGUAAAGGUUUGCCGAUCUGUCUGUUUGGAAUUUGAAGGCUUUAUUUUUCUAU